AUGGCAAAGGUUACAGGCAGUUAUCUUAUCGCCAAGACGCUCGCAGAAGAGGGCGUGGAGAAGCUCUUCUACCUAAUGGGAGGGCCUGACUUCGACAUCGUGAUGGGCUGUCAGGACUUCGGCAUCGAGACGAUAGACUUCCGCCAUGAGCAGGCGGCGGCGUUCGCGGCGCAUGCAUACGCGCGUGUUACGGGCAAGCCCGGCGUUUGCACGGCAGCAUCGGGACCUGGAACUCUGAACCUGCUCACGGGCGUGUAUGCAGCGUCCAUCGACUGUUCGCCGAUGGUCAUCCUGGGCGGCGCUAGCGCGGUGCAUGAAAUCGGCAGAGAGUCGUUCCAGGAGGUUGACCAGGAGCGUAUCAUGGAGCCGAUCGUCAAGUACUGGCAUCGGCCCACGAUGGCGGCGCGCUAUCCCGAAAUCGUGAGCACUGCGUAUCGACAGUCGAUGUCCGGCAGGCCGGGACCUGUGUACAUCGACUGCGGCGCGGAUGUGCUGUACGAAGAGAUUGAAGAGGACGCGGCGGUGAAGCCCACACGCGCAGCGCGUAAGUCGGUGCCCGCCGGCGAUGCGGCGGCUAUCAGCGAAGCGGUGGAUAUGCUAGCGGAGUCGGAGCGCCCGGUCAUAUUCUCGGGCGGCGGCGUAUUCUUCUCGGGCGCAUCGCCUGAGAUGGAGCGGCUGGUUGACCUGACGAGCACGCCCUUCUACACCGCGCCGAUGUCGCGCGGCGUUGUGCCGGAAGACCAUGCCGUAUCGUUCCAAGGCGCGCGCAGCACGGCGCUGCGAGAGGCAGACCUUGUGCUGGUAAUCGGGACGCGCAUGAACUGGAUGAUCAACUAUGGGCAGCGCUUUGGCACCGCGAAGGUGGUGCAGAUUGACAUCGAGGCGAGCGAGAUCGCGCACAACCGCGAUGUUGACCUGGGCAUCGUGGGCGACGCCAAGUCUAUUCUGGGGCAGAUGGUCGCGGAAAUAGAAGAGCGACCCGAAGAUUUCGCGGGCAGGCUGGAAUCGCCCUGGAUCUCACGCCUGCAAGAGGACAACGACCGCCGCGCCGGUCAGCAGGACGUUCUGCUGAACUCGGACCAGACGCCGAUACACCCGCUGCGGCUCUGCAAGGAGAUACGCGACUUCCUGGAUCGGGACGCCAUCCUGUGCGUUGACGGCAACGAGAUACUGCACUUCGGGCGGCAGUCGCUACCGACAUUCGUGCCGGGCCACAGGCUGAACUCCGGCGUAACCGGCACCAUGGGCGUUGGUCUGCCCUACGGCAUCGGGGCGCAGGUAGCCAAGCCUGACACGCAGGUGCUGGUGUUGCACGGCGACGGCUCGAUGGGCAUGAACGCGAUGGAGAUCGACACCUGCGUUCGCUUCAACCUGCCGGUGGUAACGGUCAUCAGCAACAACGCAGGCUGGACGGCGCGAGCGCCUGACCGCCGAAAGCCCGGGCGUGAGAUGGGCUUCACGAAUUACGACGGCAUGGCGCGUGAGCUCGGCGCAUACGGCGAAAAGGUUACGGAUCCGGACGAGAUUCGACCGGCGCUUGAGCGCGCGUUCGCUAGCGGAAAGCCCGCUGUGGUGAAUGUCAUCGUAGAGCCGACGGCAGCAGGCGUCUCGCGUGCGUGGGGCGGCUCGCGGAUGGAGUAG